UGUUAUUAGAGUGUAGGCAAUUAAUUCUAUAAAUGUGUCGAUAACGCGAUUGUUUCUAAAUAUAGCUUUAUACUUAUGUGUAGAUGCACGUAGAGUACAUGUGCAGCAAUGCACUAGCAAUGAUCAAGAACAUGACUGAUACCGAUAUAGCCAACUUCGAGCUAAAAGCUAAGCUCACCUCAAACAACCGUAAACUCAAGGAGGAGGAGACGACGGUGGCCGUAGAUAUUGCCGGAACCAGAGAAUUAGAUGCGGAGGGGUGGCCGACUUGGUUAUCCGCAGGAGAUAGGGGGCUUCUUCAAGGGUCUACAGUGGAAGCUGAUGCUACCGUGGCGGCUGAUGGUAGCGGUACAUUCACCACUGUGGCGGCUGCGGUUGCGGCGGCCUCGGAGAAUAGUAAUAAGAGGUAUGUAAUACAUAUAAAAGCCGGAGUUUAUAGAGAGAAUGUGGAAGUGGCCAAGAAGAAAAAGAAUAUAAUGUUUAUGGGAGAUGGUCGGACAACAACUAUUAUCACCGCAAGUAGAAACGUCGUCGACGGUAGCACCACCUUUCACUCUGCCACCGUUGCUGUCGUCGGCGAGAGAUUUUUAGCGCGUGACAUCACUUUCCAGAACACGGCGGGUCCGUCGAAGUACCAAGCGGUUGCUCUACGUGUCGGUUCUGACAUCUCCGCCUUCUACCAAUGCGACAUGUUAGCUUACCAAGACACUCUCUACGUCCACUUUAACCGUCAGUUCUUCGUCAAUUGUCUCAUCGCUGGAACCGUCGACUUCUUCUUCGGAAACGCCGCUGUCGUUCUCCAAGACUGUGACAUCCACGCCCGUCGACCAAACUCCGGCCAGAGAAACAUGGUCACGGCCCAAGGAAGGACUGACCCUAACCAAAACACCGGGAUAGUUAUCCAGAAUUGUCGAAUUGGUGCCACGUCGGAUUUAAUGUCCGUGAAAAGUAACUUUCCAACGUAUCUUGGUCGGCCGUGGAAGGAGUAUUCGCAGACGGUGAUAAUGAAGUCGGAUAUUUCUGACGUGAUCCGACCCGAAGGGUGGUUCGAGUGGAGCGGGACGUUUGCGUUGAACACUCUGACAUACAGAGAGUAUGCGAACACAGGAGCAGGGGCAGGAACUGGAGAUAGAGUGAAGUGGAAUGGCUUUAAGGUAAUAACAGAUGCUGCUGAAGUUGAGCCAUAUACGGCUGGUCAGUUUAUUGGUGGUGGAGGCUGGUUAGCUUCGACCGGUUUCCCUUUCCCGCUCGGUCUUUGAGAUAUUAUUGUUGUUUACUCCUACAUGGUGUUGUUGUUGGACGAAUAAUUAUUGAUUUAAUAAAAUAAAUCAUAAUGUUGUUUGUUUC